CGGGCUCAGGAAGGAGGAAGGUGGCGAGGGGCAACGACGGCGGCAGGAGUGUGGCGGCGACGACGGCAGCAAGGACAUGAAGGAGUAAAGGGAACAUCAGCAGCGGGUGAAGCCUUAAGGGCUGUGGUGGCUUGUCCGGCAGGGCGUACGGCAGGCUACCCAUUGGGUGCGUGUCUGCAGGUGGCACUCCGAAGGGCGGACUCCGGUGGCACCGUCGAGUCAUCCACCACUAGCAGCGGGGAUGCCGCCGUCAGACCCCGCGAGAGCUAUUGCCCCACCCGGCAGGGCGGGAAGCAUGCUGCCGGCUGGUAGCCCGGGGACGCAUUAAGUCCAGAUGCCUGUACCAGCUGCUGGUCGUGUCGAUGUAGGGAUCGAUGCUGACAGUAGUUGUGUGUAGCUAGCGAGCGUUAAAAAAAUGUAAAAUAUAUCCGAGUAAUUGACGCAAA